CGGGGCGAGCGUGGAGAGAAGUCGGAUAGCUAAAAUUAACACACACCCCUAUUCAUUCGAACUUGCGACGCGGACUCGGCAACACGGUCGCUACAGCACGGUACCACAGAUCCGUGUGCGCCUCACUAGAGUGUGGAGGCCGAAAAACAGGGAAAGAAAAUCAAACAACUCUGGCGCAGGACAUAAAUCGCCGGAUCGAUCAGACUUCUUAGCAGGAGAGAGAUAACCCGUUGUUGUUUUUGUUGCUUCUGUCAUAAUCGCUGUGGAAGUGUAAAGUGAACAAAAUCUUCCAGUGUGUGUCACCGCAGUAGUGUCGUUUUAAUUUCGCGUUCAAUUGCCUCGGCCCGUCCAUAUCGUCGUCGGUCGUGUUGCACGCGGCCAGUUGCUAUCGGGUGUGAUAAUGGUAGUGAGCUACUAGUGUGCGAUAAGAAACCCCUCACUUCUCGGGGUCGGCAGUUCAACCGCCAGUGGUGUCUCCUGGUACGCGGAACAAAACACCCCCGGGAGCCGUGCCGGAUAAGAGCGACGUGGAUACAAUUCUAAGCCAGGUGGUGGGAGUGAUCUAUGCUGGAAGACUACUACCACUAGCUCGAUCAGAACGGAAGUCGACUGGUAGAGCGAGCAUACUUUUUUUUUCCUCUACCGAGAAAACGAUAUAACGAACGUGCAUUCCUAGAACCCAACGGUUGAAGAGAGCGAGAGAUCCUCCCGCGAGUCCGUUGCUGGGUUGGGUGCGGUUUACUAUUCUCGAUCGCGGGUGUGCGUCUGUGUGUGCGCGAGAUUGUGCGUGAAUUGUGCUCAGUCGCGACAGUGCCUUCGUGGCGAUAUGUAGCGCAGUGCGUGAUUUACUGGAUAUACGACAGUUCGUUUUUUGUUCCUGUUUGUGUUAAAAUUUAAACGAUUCCGCUCCGUGCAAUCAUGAUGGAUAUGACAUGAAGAGUGACGUCAUCAUACUGCCAAAAAAAAUCUAGUGUCCAUUGGAUGUCAGAAGGUUGUUUUAUGUCCCCACACAACUGGCUUCAUUCAUACGCAAUUAGCACAGUCAUCAUACCACACGGACUCGCUGUGCGCUUCUGCUUUGUGUGAAGAAGGAUAGCAGUCGUCGACAAGAUGUCCGCAAAUCCUCCACCGCUCCGUAGUGAAUGUUCUACCAUCGUUGUGUUCGUUGCGUAGAGAGAAAGAGAGAGGGAGGGUACGAUAGCUUCCAUUGUGCAAAACGUGAAACUGAUUGUGAAAAAGUGUUCUGCUGGUUUAGAUGCUGCGAAAAAUUAUAAAAAUUCUAAGUAAGCCUACGCCAGUGUAGUGUGCUGCGCGCAUGUGUAUGUGUACACUGGUGUCUGUGCCUUAUGGGGGAAAAAGAGUCGCGAAAGUGAUGCGUGUACACGCGGUGUAGACAAAAUUCUUUCACGGAACGCGUGUAGUGUAGUGAAGGCGCCUGCAUGACACCCAGUGUGAGGGUGAUCUGUGUGUGACAAGAAGAAUUCCAAAAGAAGAAGUGCUCGUGUGUGUGUGAAGAAGAAGAAAAAGGUAGCCACAUUUUUGGCGCGCUGAUUACGACGCGUGCAAAGUUCAUUGCAAAAUCUGUGUGCGUGUGUGAUAAAGAGAAAAAAAAGUGCUCUUGGUACUGUGCCGCAUAAAAAGGAAAACCUCCCGUGGGGGGGUUUGUGGAAAAGGUGGCGAAAAGCAUAAUUUAUUGUUGUGUUGUUAAGUUUGGUGAAUCGAUUGGAUAAAACCUCAGCAGAACAAGAGUUAGGCAUCAGCUUCUUCAUCGUACAACGUGUACAGCUUAUGAUCGCCGUUACCAUCCAAGGAGUCACUGAAAGAAAAAGCGUCCUCUAUCGGUGUUAGGAAAAUAGCCACCAAACAUAAAAGCGAACAGGAAAGACUGAAUCACCCUAAGUUCAAGCUGCUGGUGUGACCAUUACAGCAAAGCGAUAAUAGCUUUUAUCUUGCCUUCCAAACGUCGAGGAAAGAUAACGAAGGACAACGGUGGACGAGAACCUUCACCACCGCCAACAGCAGCAGCAGCAGCAGCAGCAAAACGAUAAGAGAAAAGUACUGUGCAGCCGAAUCGGGCUUCCCUUAGCGAGUAUCGUUUACGUACAUUAGCCUAAUAGAGGAAGCAGGAUUCCUCUCGGCGGCGCAGUAUUCAUUCACAAGGAAGCAAGGCGAGUCACAUAAUCGCAGUUUAAAAUGUCAUCCCAAAGAUUUUGCCUCCGGUGGAACAACCACCAGACGAACUUGCUCGCAGUGUUCGACCAGCUCUUGCACGAUGAAACCUUCAUCGAUGUAACGCUGGCCGUGGAAGGUCAGCAUCUCAAAGCUCACAAGAUGGUGCUGUCAGCUUGCAGUCCUUACUUCCAGCAGCUUUUCGUCAGCCACCCGGAGAAGCAUCCGAUCGUGAUUUUGCGCGACGUACCGUUUAAGGACAUGAAAUGUCUGCUAGACUUUAUGUACCGUGGUGAGGUGUCCGUCGACCAGGAUCGGCUAGCAGCCUUUCUACGCGUUGCCGAAAGCCUUCGGAUAAAGGGUCUCACCGAGGUGAACGAUGACAAACCGAAUGCUCCUGCAGGAGGAGGAGGAGGAGGGACUGCGUCAACGACAACGACCGCCUCCGCCACAGCUUCUUCCGCAACGAGUGCAGCGCAAGCGUCAGGUGCUGGUGCUGCUGCCCCUUCCAACACAGUUCCAAGUGCGAGCGCACAGAAGAAUAAUAGCAGUAGCGACAGCAUAACACCGGUGGACGAUGACGAUGAAGACCGGUGCUCUCCAGCAUCCAACAGUAUUCCGGUGGCAACUGUGUCCGGGCAGGCCGGCGCACCCGGCGGUCAGCUGAAGCAGCUGCCUCCCCUGCUCUCGUCCACCGGCAUCGUCACCCGCAGCCACAGCAACAGUUUGCUGCAGCAACAUCACCAAAGCGGCAAUAGCGCGAUGCUACAAACGAACCCACUGCUCGGUACGGCCCUCUCGCAGCAGAAGCGCAAACGCGGACGUCCGCGGAAGCUGUCGGGCAGCGAUGCGGGCGAAGGUGAAACGGACGGCAACUUUAUCGGCACUGGCGAAGAGUACGACAGCAGCUCGAUGGAUAUCAUGGACGUGAAAAUUGCCAGCAGUGGUGCAUCGAACUCGGGCGACGAUGAUCAGCAGCUACGCAUUGUGAGCAGCCGUACCGAAGAUUGCGACACGCCGAUGCACGAAAAGUCCGAGCACAUGGACGAAUACGACGAUGAGGAGAUGGAUGACGAUGCGGAUGAGCUGGUCGAGGAUGAUGAUUUGGAAACGGGAGCGGGCGACGAAACGCGCGGAGACGGCACCACCCCAACGCUGGACGACUCGAUGGAAGUUACCACUGGCAACGCGAACAAUGCGACACACAAUGCGCACACCACGAAUCGAUCUGGCCGGCAGCUUCAGAGGCAGCAGGGUGGCAACAGUGCACUGGUCAAACCGUCGCGAGCAUCCAAAAGAACGCGAACGGCGACCAGCAAUCUGCGGAACAACGAGAACAGCAACAUGUCCGAUUCAAAAGAUUCCUUUGCGGACGAUGACAAAUGCAACAAGAUGGACGAAACGGGCGGCGAGGAGGACGACGACAUCGAGGACGAUCAGUACGAGGAGCGGGAGCUAAAUUCCAGCCUGAUGGAACCACAGCUGCUGCUGGAUGAGUAUGACGAACCGGUGGAGCUGAAGUUCGAUCCGCGCACCGACAGCGGAGCGGUUGAUUCGACCUCCAACAGCAACAGCUACCUGCCCCCGCUGCAACCGAAACCUGGUCUAAAGGUGACCGGUGGUGGUACUGCUACCAGCGGAACUCGCAUGCCCCAGAUCUCGGUCGUACCGACGACGGCUCUGCAGUUGCCGAAGCUUGCGCCACUUACGACGGCAUCGGGCGGCAGCAGCUUUCUCAGCGGAUCGGGCAACAGAUCGUCGGUAAAGCUGCACAAACGGACCCGACUGCUGGCACCAAAGAAACCGAACGGGAUGACCACCACGCAGACGAUCCUCAACAAUCUGAACAACAACCUGAACGAUAAUUUGAUCUCAACGUCAAGCGGUGGCGCAUCUUCCCUCUGCCUGUCCGGCAUCGGGUCGGCCGAGGUGUACGACAUGUUUUCCGGCAGCGUGCUGCGCUCGUCCAGCCCCCGGUCCAACUCGAACUCCCCUUCCGUGAAGGGGGGAGGAGGAGGCGGCAGUGGGAACGACAGCGGGUCACGCACGCAGAAGUACGCGGUGAUCGACGAUAGCGAGGGCAGUGUGCGUGAUUUCUGUACCAAAGAGGGUGACCACGUGUACCGGUGCAAGGUGUGCGCGCGCGUCUACACACACAUCAGCAACUUCUGCCGGCAUUACGUCACCUCGCACAAGCGCAACGUGAAGGUGUACCCGUGCCCGUUCUGUCUGAAGGAGUUUACGCGCAAGGACAACAUGACGGCGCACGUCAAGAUAAUCCACAAGCAGGAGUACGCCCAGCAGCAGACGACGGGCAUCGGCCCCGGUGGCACUUCCCCGUCCAGCGGCGGUGGCGGCAACUCCCGUGGUGAGGAUUCGUUCAGCGCAUCCCUGCUCGGGGGGCGCAACGAGUCUACGAACGGUGGUGGCAAUUCGCUAACGACCGCGUCGAUCAUCAAUGCGGUUGGCUUGCAGCCCAGGCUAGGGUCAAACAACAACGGCAGUGGCGGUAGCGGUGGUGGUGGAGGUGGUGGCGGCGGCGGCGGUAUACGUAUCGUGUUUCCCUUUCCCGGGAGUGGCCAGGCCUCGCCGGCGGCGGCAGCCACAACAGGAACAGCAGCCGGCAGUGGCACGGUCGGGACGAUUACCAUUAAGAAGGAGUUUCAAGAAAAAUCUUCGUCCUCGUCGGGUGCCAACUCACCGACCGGUUCGGUUUCAUCCAGCUCGAGCGGACUCGCAGCCCAACCGGCAACCGCGACCGUCAGCCAGUAGUAGCAGAAGGCACCGGAAGGGUUAAAGUAAUUAAGCGUGUGUGUGUGUGUGUGUGUGUCCACCACAGGAAGGGAACACGACCAACCACCACAGAUAGAGGCUAGUAAUUGAUUAGGGAAAGCCGUGACCAUUGCUUUCCCUCUGGACAGAGACAACACACUACACGCUUUCUAGCACACUAGGAAGAGCUAGGAAAAUCAUUCCUUCAAAAGGGUAUUUUGUAGUUUUUAGAGCAACAAUAUCGCGUCGUCUGAAUUCUCUUCCCCACGGACACACGGACGCGUCCGACAGACCGGAUCUUCGUACUGGGGAUUAUGUUUUUUUAAAUUAGUUGUUUGUUUGUUUUAGUCGUAAGUGUGGCACUGUUUUAUGUUUUAUGUAAAGUAGCAAUUGCUGUCCACUAGGCAGGAGGAAAAAUGUGUUGUUGUGGCUCGGUGUGAUGUGUGCGUGUGUGUUUGCAAGCGAUCGAACGAAAAAGAAAAGCACACGAGCAAACCACCAGCAGUUUACCCUGUACACGACACUGUAAUUACUCCCACCAAAAGCAUCCUCGAGCGAGCUCUACAACGGGCGACAUCCUUGCUAGCUUUCUCCGUUGGCUUUUGUACAGUGUUCUGGGUAGUUAGCAGAGUAAUCGUAUUUAAUUAUUGAUAACCUUUCUUUUUUUGUUUGUUUGUUUGUUUAUAAUAAUUUUAAACAAAAUAAUGCCUAUUUUUAUGUGUGCCGAGACCGACCACCACCCUUCCAGAGGAUGGUGGCGGGCAUAUAAAACGGUAACAAAAAACAACAUUUGCGUCACGAAUGUCUUCCCCCACAAAAGCGGCCGAAACGAAGCUUGGUGUGGUCUGUCUGUUAUCGUUCGAUAGCAGCAGCACCAGUUAGUAGAAUGUCGUGCCGUCGUGUUUGCGUAUGCAGAUCUAUAAUCUCUCCUAUAGGACGGCCUAGGACUUGUGUCCCCUGCAAUAGGCGCAUUUAAGGUAGCUUUCGUUGUUACUACUAGAGUAGAAUGCGUUUAAAGCAAAGAAACCUGUAGGAAGCGUUCCCAAGCGAGAGUAUAGUGCAUUAUUAAUAUUACUAAUACUACUACCUACUAUUAUUUACUCGCCGGAUGUUGUUGUCUGUUUUGUGUUCUUUUCCGAAGCACGGAAUCACCCCGGAGAAGGAGGAGCAGGGCUCGUGUUUUCCACCUUUUUUUUUGUUUGUUAUUUAUUUUUAGAAAUUCUUUAUAGUUUUCUAAAUUAACGUACAUUCGGUUUUUGGUGUGGUUACGGCCCGAUGGUGACCUUUUAAUAAUAUUUUUAUUAUUUUCUUUAUCACACACACAAUUCUCGUUCAGUCUAUUUGUUGUUGCGUUGGUCUCAGCUUACCUUGUAUUAUUUGUAUGUUAUUUAAAUGUAUCAAGAGACACACAGACAACGGUGGUGAUGUAGAAGGGCAUUAUAGAAACACGAGACGCGUUAGGAACACGUCCACCAAUAAGUCGGGCUCUUCCAAACCCGAUCGUCCUUUACCGGUCCUCUCCGUAAGUUUUGCUUUUGGUACGAAUAGCAUUUUAACUAUUAAAGCAAACCCAAACUCGAAUUUUUGAUAAACCUUUAACAACACCCUUCGAAAAAACCAACCGUAAGGCUUCUCUGCCCCCUUAUCCUUUCGUGUCGUACUGCUAGGAAAAUUGCUUAGAAUUCGCAGGGUGAAAGCGAAACGGCGGCAGCACAGCUUCAGAGUUUGUUUUUUGUCUUCUAGUAGUAGAUUUAUGUAUGUAAAAUGAAAAACAAGGCUGAGAUAGUAAUUUUUAGAACGUUGUCUUUGUUGUACCAUGCCACCAAGAAAACCAACACACACACACGCACGCACCCAGCCACACGUAAGUAAUUGGAAAGCUCGUUCGAAGAAAUCAUGUUGACGACCCACACAGCGAGAGAGAGAGAGAGAGAGAGAGAGAGAGAGAUAGUUUGUAGAUAGAAUAGUAAGGCGUGGCGGCGAAAAGGGAAAAAUGGGGAUGGGAAGGUCAAUGUUUUAGCAAAGUAAUUAGUGUGAGUAGUAUUUAUAUACACAACAAAUCAAAAACCAAUUUAUCCACGAAAAUCGUCCUUUGAGAGAGAGGGGUUGGGCAGGGAGUGUCUGGUUUUAAAUGCUUGAUGGGCUUGAUUAAGCGAAUAUGGGACGUGUGUGCACAUAUUUUACGAUAAUGUGGUUUUUAAUAAUAAUAUGUAGUUAGGCAGGCAUUUUUCCACCCGCGUGAAAAACUAAUUUUCUCCUCUAUAGGAGGGCAAGCAAAGCCGCAGCAAGUAAUGCAAAGGAACCAAUGGGUAACUAUGCUACCGAUGCAACACAUUGCAAUAAUACGUGCUAGUUAAAGUCAUUCGCAUGGUAACUGAUUUGCAACAGGCCAGCAAUCUCGCAACUGCAGUAAAGACACGUGCUCUGGUGUGUGUGUGCGCUACACUCUCAAACGAGGAUCAGAGUAGUGGUCGGAUUACAAAUAUGUAUAAAAGCCCCCAGAGGCUACAUGAUGCGGGAUGCCAAAAAGAUUUCGCCUGCUCGAGCUGAAAUCUCGGAAGGAUUUCGUUCCACUCUAGUAGCAGUCCUCUCUGGCACACUGUCCUUGCUGCGUUGCCAUGGUAGUAUUCGGCUGAAGAAAGAGAGAGAGAGAGAUAGCAUGAAGUGCUCUAAGCAACGCGGGAUUUUGACGUAAAAAAAAUUGCCAAUCCCCCCCAUUCCCUUUCAACCGAAAUCUUUUUGACUUCUCGCAUCAUGUAGUCUGGCUUUUAAACGCACGAUUGCACUUAAACUUAAAUCUCCUUUCCGACGGCAAACCCACACCCACACACACACACAAGCAAAGCCCCAAUAGCUAGUGCAAUUUUAAUGUAUUAAGUACUUUGUUUUAGCCUGGAAGGGAGUGAUAAAUCCCCCCUUACAACAUCCUUUGCCCGGGAAACGUACGCGUUGUACAAUAAGACACAACCACUGCACACUGAGACCGGGGCCGGUGUUGACCGAGCAGUUGAUCAAGCGUUGGACUUGGAGGGAACAGAUCGAAGAGAAAAGCAUUUACACUACCUAAAUUCUAGUUAACAAUAGGGCAAAGGGGCGGCAAUCACAAUAUAUCCAUAUAUAUGUAUUCCGGAAGUAAGUGCGGCGAUGUGUUGUGUAGUAUAUGUAUGUGGGUGGGGUGUGGUAUGUCGUGCUAGGUUUAGCAAAAAAAAAACUAAUAGAAUAACAAAGAGAAAACAAUCACCAAAUAAGAUUUAAUACACACACACACAAACGCGCACACAUCUUCACACACAGACACGCAUAUUAAAAGUUGUCUUGCGUAAGUUUAAUUUUAAAUCCCUAGUAUAAUGUGAGCAUUCGUUUUUUUUAUCAUUAUUUUACCUAAACACGAGCACAAUGAAAACACACUGAAAUAUAUAAAUAUAUAUAUAUAUAUUUAAACAAUUACUGUUUAGCUGGAAGUAACGGAUCACGUAAAAACACAUAAUAAACAAUGAUAUCAAACAUGA